GCCCCCAGCAUGGCGCCGCCGGAAGGGGCAGGGGGCCGGCGCUGACGAUGGCUGCGUCGAGGCUGGAGCUCAACCUGGUGAGGCUGCUGUGCCGCUGCGAGGCGAUGGCAGCAGAGAGGCGGGACCCGGAGGAGUGGCGGCUGGACAAGUAUGUGGGGGCCCUGGAGGACAUGCUGCAGGCGCUCAGGACACAGGCCAGCCGGCCCGCCGCGGAGGUGCUGCAGGAGUACGCGCGCAAGGUGGACUUCCUGAGGGGACUGCUGCAGGCCGAGAAGCUGGCCUCCUCCUCCGAGAAGGCGCUGGCCAACCAGUUCCUGGCGCCCGGCCGCGUGCCCACCACGGCCCGUGAGCGCGUGCCCGCCACCAGGACUGUGCACCUACAGACGCGCGCACGCUAUGCCGGCGAGAUGCGGCAGGAGCUGCUGGGCACGGACUCUGCCGGAGAGCGGGAGCUGGAGGUGAGGAAGCGAAGUGGGGUGGCUGGACCCAGGCCCGCAGCUGAGAAGCAUUCAGCAGCCGAGCUGGACCUCGCGCUGCAGCGCCAGCAGCAGCUGCAGGAGAAGCUGGCCGAGGAGAUGCUGGGCCUGGCCCGGAGCCUGAAGACCAACACGCUGGCCGCCCAGAGUGUCAUCAAGAAGGACAACCAGACCCUGUCGCACUCACUUAAGAUGGCUGACCAGAACCUGGAGAAGCUGAAGACAGAGUCGGAGCGGCUGGAGCAGCACGCACAGAAGUCAGUCAACUGGCUGCUGUGGGCGAUGCUCAUCGUGGUCUGCUUCAUCUUCAUUAGCAUGAUCCUCUUCAUCCGCAUUGUGCCCAAGCUCAAGUAGCACUGCGAGAC